AUGUCCGGCCGGAGACAGGCGUGGCAGUUUUGCGGCCGCGCUGGUCUUCUUCCACGGCUUCGAGUACGUCCUCGCUGCCGCUUUCCACGGCCGCCAGAACGUCACCGCUACUUUUUAGAUUAUACUUUGCAUUAUCCUAUCUUUAUUUUUGGCGGUGUUGUUAGUAAUGAAGUUGCUUCUCUUGCAGCACUUCUUAUUAGCAAGCAGUAUGUAUUGGCAAUGGGUUUUGCAAUGCUGGAACACCUGACAGAAAUUCUUAUUUUCCCGGAAGUAAAGGAGUACUGGUUUGUCAGUAAUACUGGCCUUCUAAUGGUUAUUGUCGGUGAAAUUAUCCGUAAACUUGCUGUAGUGACAGCUGGACGUGCCUUCACGCACGUUAUAAGAACUUAUUAUGAAGAUCAGCAUCAGUUGAUCACCCAUGGACUGUAUAGGUUUAUGCGCCAUCCUGGGUAUUCUGGCUUUCUUAUAUGGGCAGUAGGAACCCAGAGCAGGUAUGAAGAAUUUUUCUUGAGGCAGUUCUUUGGCUCAGAAUACGAUGAAUACGCACAGAGAGUACACUCUGGAUUACCAUUUAUUAAAUGA